AUGGCCUCCAAACCGCCCCGGUUGUCCAUGAUCAACCAUGCUGCCGGCAUCUACGCAGAUAUGUCCGUCGAUGGGCCUGCUAUUGGAACUCUGGUUCUCGUCGUGGACCGAGCGAAGAACCUUCCCAACAGAAAGACAAUGGGGAAGCAAAAUCCCUAUUGUGCGGCUCGUUUAGGGAAAGAAGCUAAGAAAACCGACACUGACUUGCGAGGAGGCCAAACGCCGAGAUGGGAUCAAGAACUUCGAUUUACCGUACAUGAGUCACCAGACUAUUUUAGACUCAAGGUAACCAUAUUCAACGACGACAAAAGAACCGACCUCAUCGGGGAGACCUGGAUUGAUCUGAAAGACUUGAUCAUCCCCGGAGGUAGCCAGAGUGAUCACUGGCAUCCAUUGCAAUUUCGUGGGAAGUAUGCCGGUGAAGUCCGUAUCGAGAUGACUUACUACGACACUAGACCAGAAGAUGAGGCGGUGAUUGAACGACGUACACAAGCGGUGGAGAAGGUCAACGUCCACGGUAAACCGAGCGCCUCAAGCUCAAGCUUAAGCUCAAGAUCGAGUCCAGCACCAAUCAGCUCCUCUUCGUCUCUAUCAGGACCCCGACAAUUGAAAGAAGUCAAGCGACGUCCACUGCCCAGUGGUCCUCCGGGGUCAGCUCCGGCACGUCCUGCGCUUCCAGAGAAGAUUGCUUCAGCUCCUCCAGUACCGGCCCAAUCACCCCCUCGACCGACUCCGGAGCACACUCAUUCCACUCCACCCCUCCCAACCCAUGACUACUCUCACUCUUCGCCGUCCCCAGUGGAAUAUACACGCCACUCGUCACGACAUUCAGGGCCUUCCGAGGUCCCCUUUGAUGCGGUAGCACAUGGUCCACCACCGGGGACAGCCUCGCACCCUGGGAGAGCCUAUGAAACUCCUGAUGAUCUCCACCGAGACUGGAGUAAUCCACCCCAUCAGGCUCCACCUCCACCUAGGCGUCAUCCGCAGGAAGUAUCGUACCAUUCAUACCGUGAAAGACCAGACCCGUAUGAUACACGCUCUCACGCACGACCGCGGUCUGGAUAUGGCAAUGCACCGCCCCCGGACUUUCGCACUUCUAGGCAUGACCGGCCAACAAGUCGAUCAGGACCGGAGAUGUAUGCGCCCAUGUCAGAGGCAACACCACCGCGUCCGAGCAGCCACCACAGCAACCAUUAUGCAUUCGCUUCCCCGGAGCAGUAUGUGCCCAACGAAAUAGCGCAGGUACAGCAAGUCUCCCGGUAUAGGCAACGCUCCCCGGCGAGUAUCCGUGAACCUCAGGUAGAAUAUGGAUCCCACCCGGUGGAAACGGAACCUCGUUAUCGCCCGCAUAGCAACUCCUUGCUCAAAGACACCAGCCCCAUCCGCCCUCCUAGUAGUCGUGAAAGCCUGCCGGCAGAGUAUGCAACAAUGCAGCCCCGAGUGGAAGACGAAGAAGAGGAGGGCCCUCCACCUCCGCCUCCGGUUCAUCGAUCCGGCCUGGUGCAGACCAGUCAGCAGUUAGUACCGUCACCAACCCCUUCGUACCAAGCUUACUCGCCAGAGUUUGCAACCCCUCGGACCUCCCAAGAAAUCAACAUGUCGCAGCCGUCGCACAUGCAGUCCGACGGGGGCCGGAUGCAGGACCUCCCCCCACAUACGAACGGCCCGUCCGUGCCCCCCAGUCUAGUCGCCGGGUUUGAUCCCGCCAUUGCAGAGGCCGAGGCGGACCGCGCCGAACAUGAACGGCGCCAGAGCCGAAGACGCAGUGAGCUGAUCGAAGAGAUCAUCAUGCCACCCGAGCCGACGUCCAUGAUCGUGCCUUACCCCGUAGAACCUUCCCCGCCGAUCAUGGACGACCGCCGUUCACUGAUCAGUAGAGGAUCAGCCCAUUCAUCGGAGACCCGUCUUGUCCCUCGCCGGAAAUCGGUCAGUCCCCGGCCACCACCCCUCGGCGACCGGGAAGCUUCUCAAAUCCCCUUCUCGCCGGAUUCGUUUGAUGCCUUUAAUCCCAACGCAGCUCGCGCGGCGGUCCUCCGGGACCCAGCUCCGGCAUAUGAAACACCAGCCGAGGCGAUGGACGCCGCCCGACGGUCUGAGAGGGAAGCCGCGCGGGACCCAGGCCCGAUCAUCGGUGAUGAUGGUCGAGAGAUCGAUCCCUCUGACCACCUCCCGACCGAUACUUGGGCCCCGGAACCAGAACGGAAGACCAAGAAAGCAGGGUGGUGGUCCGUUUCAAGAAUGUCCCACGAAAGAGGAGCCCGGCGCCACCGCCUGUUCGGGAGUUUGCACCACGGUCCCGGCCCGUGGUGGACGGAGGAUAUAGACGUCCCCAAUCAUACUUGGCGGAUCCUGCUACACGGGCGGACAAUGAGUUCCCCGAACGCAGCCCCCUCUCACCGAGCGUCUGUCUCCCCAUCUCCACGUGGUCACUCCCCGUCGAGCUUGUACGCCCCGGUCAACGCCGGCCCGCCCAUUCCAGCCAAGGUGCCGAUUGCCCAACCGAUGAACCAGAACUACCCGGUGAUGGGUGGUACUCCCCAGGGCUAUCCCGUGACGGGCGGUAACCAGGGAAUGGAUGCGCUGAGUCGAGAGUUGAAUACCAUCGACAUUGGGUCUGUGGGAUACAACAACCAACGGGCACUCAGGAGAUACGUCCCCAGACUGCCUGCAGGCUACGCUGCCUGA